AUGAAGAACACCCUAAGGUGUUGUAUAUCUUGCAUUCUACCAUGUGGAGCUCUUGAUGUGAUUCGAAUAGUGCACUCUACUGGUCGUGUAGAAGAGAUCAGUGGCACGAUCCGUGCUAGCGAGGUCAUGAAAGCAUAUCCAAAACAUAUCUUGAAAAAGCCCUCCUCACCGUCUGAUGAUGGGGUUGUUCCACAGAUUGUUAUAGUCCCACCAGAUGCAGAGCUACAACGUGGAAAGAUUUAUUUUUUGAUGCCAGCUCCACCAACACCAGAAACCAAGAGUUCUCGAUCAUCAAGAGGUUCAGGUACGAGAAAGAAAAGUAGAGAGAUUAGUAGUAAUAGCAGAAGUGAAAGCAACAACUCCAGCCAUCACUUAACCAACUCCAUUUCAAUGACAACAAACCUUCUCAUUUCUGAUCAGUAUUUGAGUGAGAUUCUAUCAGAAAAGGUAUCAACACAGAGAGAUCGAAGAAGAGGCCGAGUUGGUGUGUGGAGACCUCAUUUAGAAAGCAUAUCAGAGGCACCAUACGAUGCAUAA